AGGAGGGAGAGAGCCCUGGAGCGGGCGGAGCUGACGAGAUCACAUCCUCUCGUCACGUGACCCUUGUCCCAGAAUAAACAAGGACUUGAUUAGUUAAUUACGGAAUGCAUUCGUUAUUAGUUGACGAAAUCGAAACUAAGGAAUAAUUUUCUCUAUUUAUUUGAUUGGUCACUUUACAGAGUUUGUUAUCACAUGACAUUAGUCAGCCAAUCGGGGUGUCCUUCUACAUCCUGUGUUUUUCACAGACAUUGAGGAACUUUUCUUUAUUCCUGUGAAAGUUUUACUGGUGUUAACAGUGACUCACAGUGCUUGUAGAGAUGGACAGCUCCCCUGAGGAAGACUUCCCCAGUGACACAGAGACAGCUAGAGGACAAGAUGUUACCAAGAAGCCAAAGGUAACAGCUGCCAUUUUUUACAAGAGGACAUCAGCAAGGCCUGCUGCCAAGUCAUCCAGUGGCCAAACUUCUAGGCAACCAAUCAGAGACAUCUGCCAUUUGGAGACGGAGACUCUAGCAGAAAAUGAGACAGCCAUUACUGAUGCUGAGGUGGCCCUAAAUGUCCAUCAAGAAGGCUCUGACACAGAAAUAGACAACAUCAUGCAUGUCAGUCCAGCCCUUGCAGAUAUGAACAUUGGCAUUGUAGAAGAGGAGGUACCAUGGUCCAGUAUUGCACCAGAUAAACCUUUUUCGCCACUACUAUUCGUACAUGACAUUGAUGAUGACUAUCAAGAAUCUCAAUCACCACCAUCCUCCUCUGGCUCCAUAGUUGUGGAUACACCCUCCCAUGCAAAGACUGCCACUGUCACCAGUACAAGGACUUUAGCUACUGCUUCCAAGAGCACUCCCCUUCCAGAAAAACCUUCCCCAUCAGCAAAACCCAGUGUCAGUGGUAACCGCAAAUCUAAGGUAUGGGAGCAUUUUAUAACAGUUGGGGAUGGUCGCUUGGCCAAAUGUAAGCUAUGUGGCAAGGAAGUAAGUUGUGGCAAAGUCUUGGGGCAUCUCACCAAUGCAGGAAUGGAUAACCAUCUGAGGACACACCACAAGGCAGUGUUGAUGAUAGAAGAAAGUGGUUUGGCAGCUCCACCAAGUAAAAGAAAGGGAAGUAGUAGUGCUAGUUCCAGUGCUACUAUGAGUUCAGCCUCAGAUAACCUGGAAAAGGGGCAAGGGGCUGAAGCUGUUGUUCAUCCCAGUAAAGGAAACCAGUCCACCAUAGAACAGUUUACUGGUUUUCAUCCCAGGGGGAUUUCCCGCCAACAGUCCCGCAAGAUUACCCGCCUUAUAGGUGAGCAUUUAACAUGGUGGAAGGGGAACCUUUUAAACGCCUUCUAAAGGCACUUGCACCCCAAUAUAUUGUACCAUCACGUACCACAUUCAGCAGAAGUAUAGUACCUGCUUUGUAUAAAUCGUGUGUGGAUCUGCUAAAAGAGGAGCUGGGAAAAGCUGCUGGACAGUCUGUACAUCUAACCACUGACCUGUGGAGUGCUCCCAGUGGCCAGCAUGCUUUCCUAUCAUUGACCGCACACUGGUGGCAGCCCAUUGUCACUGAACUUGCCCAAACCAAAUCAGGCCCAAGAAGCACAGGGGCUGGUGUUGAGAAUACAAAUCAGGGCCACCGCUCAUUCCUCCUCCAUGCAGAGGUAUUGGAUGAGCAGCACAGCUCACAAAACAUAACCAGAGCACUUUAAAAAAUGGUGGAAGAAUGGCUUGGGGAACACGGAGAUACACAUCCGAAGAUGGGUUUCGUGGUGACUGACGGUGCAGCCAACAUGAUAAAGGCAUUGCGUGAUGGCAACUUUGUAUGUGUGCGAUGCUCUGCACAUGUCCUCCAUCUUGUGGUGAAGGCCGGUUUGGAAGACACCUCAGAGAGCAACACAAAGCUCACAGGAGUUCUGGAUUCAUGUAGAAAAAUUGCAGGGCAUUUUCACCGGAGUGUUAAAGACAGCCACUUACUCAGACGGGAGCAGAGUAAGGCAGGUGUUCCUCAACACAGACUGAAAUAGGAUGUUAGCACCCGGUGGAAUUCCACACUAGAAAUGCUGGAAAGAAUCCUAGAGCAGCAGAAACCCAUGAAAAUUAUAUUGGCAUCACCAGAGCAUUUGGCAGGGAGGAGUGGACCUUAGUUGCUCAGGUGGUGGCUGUACUUAGCCCCUUUCGUGCGGUCACGGAAAACUUAAGCCAGGAGAAGGCAAGUUUGGCGCAAGUCAUCCCUCUCUUUACUCAUCUGUUAACCAAAAUGGAUGCCUUCCUGAAUAACAGAGAGAAGUGGACUGGAGGCUAUAUAGUUGGUGAUGUUGCCACACUGGUAAGGAGACUCCAGGUCCUACUACAGUGUAGGAUUAAAGAGCUGACAGACACUUGCCCUGAUCUAAUGCUAGCCACCAUGUGUGACCCCCGGAUUAAGGGCAAAAUGGCUCUCCAAGCAAAUGCCCUAACAAGCUGGAGGGACAAAUUAAUCAUCAAGGUGUGUGACAGACAGAGACUAUUAGAUGUGGGACAAGAGAGGCAUGAUGAGGAGCAAGAAGCAGAGGAAGAUGAGCCUGCAGAAAUCUCAGCAACCAUCAGCAACACUGCUACAACCUCCUCAAGAGCUGCAGACUUUUGGGCAGAGACAUUGCAAAGCCUGUUUGGACAAACCUGACAACCCUCUCGGAUACCAAGAGACAAGGUGGCAGACAUGGUCAAAAUUUAUGUGUCUGAACCAAAUAUAUUUCCCACUGCCGAUGCCAUGAAAUAUUGGGACGAAAAGAGGGCUAUUUGGCCUGCUCUAAGCAUGGUGGCCCAGGAGCUCCUAUCCUGCCCCCCAACCUCUGUGCAAAGUGAGCAGGUAUUUUCUGUCACCGGGAACAUUCUAUGCCCACAGCGUUCUCAACUGUCCCCUCAGCUCAUGGAGCAGAUGACUUUUUUAAAAGUCAAUUUGCCAAAGUUAGGGUACCCAGCCCUAAACUUUGAAACAAGUUAAAAAGUUGAAGUUACUUCUUCAGUUAAAGUUGAGCACUGCAGUUACCGUUGAGUUCAAGUUUCGUUAACAAGUUGGAAUGUUUUCCCGUUACUACCAGUUGUUUAAAAGUGAAGCAAGUGACAAGCUUAACAGUCCCUUCAAACAGGUGAGUGGUCUGUCAAUCAUCCCCUUCCCUCCUAAUAUCCCAUUAUUAAUUUUAGUUUAAUUUAUACCUUUCCAUCUUUCUUUCAGGAUUUAGGAAUCCUAUUGCUGGACCUUGAAGUGGGUGAAAAAAUGGAGUUUCUUUCAGCAAAUCACUGCACUCUCGGAUUCAGGCGACAUAUGAGGACCACCAAGGCCUGUCUCACUCCGACCCUCUGGCAGGAGAUGGUUCCGGAACUCCUGCUCCCACUUC